CAAACGACAUGCCCCCACCUUCCAGUGGGCGUGCGACUUCCUCAGAUGUUCCCACAUGGAAGGGGACACUUGGCGAGCGAUCCUGUGGGGCAACUGAGGAUCCUGGGGUCGAGGUGGCUAUCCACCCUGAGGAAGAGAUCGAGUCCUCCUCCGGCAAGCUUUGGGCGAUCCCCUCCUCCUUCCCCCGCCGCCUCCAACCUAGCGUUCCAGGUUCGGAUGGCUUCCUCGCUUGGGUAAGGAAGGAUUUGGUGAGAGAGAGGAGAAUCACUCUCGAAGAGUGCUACCCGGUCAGGAAUUCGGAUCGGAUUGCAGGCAAACCAACUCGCAUCAGCUUCUCGCGUGAUAUCUGUGGGAGUUCUAAUUAGCGGGAGUCCUACGCGGAGGUGGUGAAUAGGAAGAUGGCGGAAGAGCGAGGGAGAUGGGUCUGGCAGCCGGAAAGACCUCCACUGCACCCCAACCGGCGCGGCCAAUCUGCCGUGAUCCCCCUCCGGUGCGACAACAGCAGCAGCAGCAACUACCGCCACGCCCAAGCCAGCCGCAACCACAGGCACAAGGGGGGAGAUCCCAGCAGAGUCAAAAUCAGAGAGGUCAUCAAGGGCGCCCACCUCUUCAGCAACAAAGUAAAAGAGCUCAGCAGGAAGGUGGGUCUGGGGAUGCUCCUCCGAUCAUUGAUGCCAGGUAUCGCUCUUUGCAGAGAGCCUGGUCACUUCUUUGGCAUAUGUGGCAAACCCAAGGUCUGUUUCAUAUGUGCUGUUCCUGGGCACCAUAUGGAUGUGUGCCCUCGCUGGAAUCAACCACUCCCUGCGGCAUCCUAUUAUGGCAGUGCUAGUUUGGGUUUGGGCUUCUACCACUUGAAGGUUGAUGAAAAAAGUCCUAGCCAAUGGCUUAACCUGUCCAACUGCGGUGUUGUGAGAGUCUUAACUGGUCAGAUUACCCUUGUGGAGCUGGAGAAAGAAUUAGCUGACAUUUACUGCAGGGAUUGGCCAUUCCAGAUUAGAGAGCCAGGGAAUUUUUUGGUCAGAUUUCCCCCUCAUAAGAAGAUCUCAGACAUUAAGAAUUAUCCCUCUUUUGGGUUGAGAAAAACUGGUGUUCAGGUAGAGGUCUUGGAAUGGAUAGGUGAAACUGACCCUCUUGAGGAACUUCAAGAAGUCUGGAUACAGAUUAGGAGCAUACCCCCUAGAUGGUGUGAUUGGAAAGGCUUUGACCAGAUUACUUCAGGUUUUGGUCUGAUGCUGGAUGUUGAUUGGCCUACAAUCUUUAAGUCCUUCUAUGAAGUCGUGAGAGUUAAGUUGGCUUGCAGGGACCCCUCUAAAAUUCCUGCUGAAAGAAUGUUUGAAAAAACUCUAUAGUAUUUCUUUUGUGGUGGAGGGUGAGCAGAUGCUGCAGAAAGGUAAUGGCAACCCUGAUGAUCAGGACAAAGGAGAUGAUGAUGAUGCAGCUGAUGACUUAGAUGAAGAUCCUGAUAAGGAAAAUCAUAUGGAUACUGAUGGUGCCUCCCACAAUACCCCCAAGAACAAAACUGAAUCAAGUGGUGGAUCUCAGCAAGGUGACUCUAAACUGAAAGCUAAAACUGUCCCUUGCAUCACAGCCAGCCAUCAAGAUUCUUUACAGGCUUCCCAGUUGAGGGAUGGCAUGACACGUUAUGUGGGGAUUCUGCUUUGAAGAAGACCCCAGCUGUCCUGACUGAUAACCCUGUGGCUAAAGACCUCCCUAUGCCUGAGAAGGUCAUAGCUGUUGCUCAGAGCACAGAUUCAGAGAGUCACUCCAGAUGGGAUCAGUUCAGGCAAUUGGCUCAUACAGAAUUUGAUUAGCUGGAAUGUGCCAGGCUCUUGAGAGAGAUGGAAAUGGAUGAUUUUAGUGAACCAGAAGAUUAAAGUAAGGCAGAAAGAAUGAGCAUAGACUUAUCCUUGCUGUCUGCUACAAAAAGAAACCUCUUAAAUGAGCUGGAGGAAUGUGCUUACUACACAAGAGAAGGUCAUUCAGAAACAGGGCCCACAAGUUAAAACAAAGAAGCAGAAAUGGGGACCUCAGCUGUUGGUGGAUAGACCGAGGAGGAACACUGGAGACAACAGGACUAUUAUCCAGAAAGCUGUUAAAUUCAAAAGCUACAAGAACCUGGAAGCCCCUACUAAGGGAACAGGUGGCUGAGGACACUAGUCUACAGAUACAAUUAAGAAAGGAGACCUGGUCUCAAAUAGUUCAAAAAAGCAUUGAUGCUAAUAAAGAAAAAAAUGUGAAUGAUGAUAGGAGCAUUUUGGAACAUUAGGAGCCUGAAUAAAACAGGCAGGUUAGAGUGCUUGAAAAUUUUUAUUGACAACAAUUCACUAGACUUUGUUGGUAUUCACGAAACAAAGAAAGAUGCUUUCCACCAAUCCUUCUUUAACUGUUUUGGUGAUCAGUUUUCCUGGAACUUCCUACCUGCUUGUGGCACUGCUGGAGGUGUCCUAGUAGGGCUUAGGAAAUCCAAAUUUAACAUUUUAAGAUCGGACAUUAAACAGUUCUGUAUUUCUGCUUUUAUUUCUAACUCUAGGGAUAAUUUUUCCUGGAGGCUGAUCUCUGUCUAUGGUUCAGCCUAUGAUGAACAUAAAUAGGAAUUCCUUGAGGAAUUACAAAAUGUGAUGGUAGAAUGGGAUGGCCCCACCUUACUUGGGGGUGAUUUUAAUCUGAUUAUAAAUGCUGCUGAAAAGAAUAAUGAUAAUAUUAAUUACCAUUGGUCUGAUUCCUUUAAUGACUGGAUUAACCACUGGUGUUUGAUUGAACUUAAGAACCCCAAUAGGUCCUACACCUGGACCAACAACCAAGAACAGCCAAUUAUGGCUGUUUUGGAUAGAGUCUUUGCUACCACAGACUUUGAAGCCCAUUAUCCUAUGAUUAAUGUUAAAGGGGCUUCUAGGCUAGGAAGUGAUCAUGUCCCUUUAGUGGUCAAUUUUGGCAUUAGCCAGGAAAAGAAACCUUUCCUUUUUCGUUUUGAAAAAUGGUGGUUAGAACAGGAUGACUUCCAUGAUAUUGUUAAAAAUGUCUGUGAGUCUCCUUGCCACUACACAGAUGCCCUAGAUGUCUGGCAGUAUAAGCUGAGAUCUCGAAGAAGAAAAUUAAAAGGUUGGUCCUUAAACAUCAAUGCUGACCUGAGAAGAAAAAAACAAGCUCUCCUUGAGGAGUUUGAUGUCUUAGAUGUUUUCUCUGAAGAAAGCAGUUUAGAAGAAAAUGAGAAAGCAAGGAUGCAGGAGGUCAAGCAAGAGUUAGAACAUAUCUGGCAGAUGGAGGAAAUUAAGGCUAAACAAAGAUCUAGAGAUAGGUUUAUAAGAGGAGACCAAAAUACAUCCUAUUUCCAAGCCUUAGCUAAUCAAAGGAAAAGGAAGAAAAACAUUAGUGCCCUUCAAGGCCCUGAGGGGGAUUGUACAGACAAUAAAAGUAUGCUGGAGCCACCAACUUUUAUAAAAAGCUUUUUGGUUAUGAGAAGAAACUUGACAUUCAUCUCGAGGACUCCUUUUGGGAGGGUGAUGAGAUGGUGUCAGCUAAGGAAAAUGAACUACUGGAUGCCCCCCUCUCUGAAGUGGAAAUUAAAACAACCAUUUUUUGCUCAUAUGCUGACGGGGCACCAGGCCCAGAUGGUUUCCCUUUUCUGUUCUAUCAGAAAUUUUGGGACUUAAUCAAAUCUGACUUCAUGGCCUUGGUAAAUGCCUUUGAGAGAAAUGAACUAGAUAUUAAUAGACUCAACUAUGUCAUGCUCACGCUUAUCCCUAAAGAGGAAAACGCUACUGGAAUGAAGAAAUUCAGACCUAUAGCUCUGAUCAACUGUAGCUUCAAAAUUUUUAGCAAAGCUCUAAACAAUAGGCUAAUUAAGAUUAUUGAUAGGUUGGUUUCCCCUAAUCAAACAGCCUUCAUAAAAUGCAGAUAUAUCUUGGAGAGUGUAGUAGCAGCUCAUGAAAUUAUUCAUGAAAUUGCUAGGAAAAAAGAGCCAGGUAUAAUUCUGAAGUUAGAUUAUGAGAAAGCUUAUGAUAGAGUUGAUUGGAGCUUCCUUAUGGAGGUCCUCCAAUCCAGGGGCUUUAGUGCUAAAUGGGUUUCUUGGAUUCUCAAGUUAACCCAAGGUGGUUCUGUUUGUGUUAGAUUAAAUGUUAAGAAUAAUCCUUAUUUUGCUGUUGGCAAAGGCUUAAGGCAGGGGGAUCCUUUGUCUCCCCUCUGAUAUGAACGGGGGUGCCCGAUCUCCCGUCAGGUGAAGGAUAACUCGUUUUGGUCGGAAUGCGACACACCGAUCCGGCUUCAAGUCAGCAACUCGAACCCCGCAAUAUUAGCACCACAACUCCUCUGGUUAUCAACCGUGGUCACAAUCCGGUUGACCUCGCCGAGAAGGCUAAUCCCUGCCUGCGAAACGAAGAACACAAGCAAGAACUCGAAAGAAACGCAGCACUCAAAUUGAAGUGACAACUGCAGAUGAAUGAUUAAGCUCGAAAGUUGGGGUUCUACAAACCGAAAGACGGCAACUGUUCAAAGACAGAUUGAUCUAAAGCAAAACCCGAACCCUAAUGAGGGUGGCGGCUACUGAGAUAUAGGGAAUAGGGGCGUGGCUUCCCCUUGGACACGCCCCUAAUGGGCUCAACGAAGAUACACAGCCCAAAGGCCAAAUUACGAUGUCGCAGCACCGGGACAGAUUCUGGAUGCCAACUUCCUCGGACAAUUCCUGACGACUCAGAAUGAGUUUGGGCCUGAAACCAACGCCAAUAGAAGCUCCAUGAAAUUAGCUUUCGUUCCAUAUGUGGAUUGUCAAAUUCGGACUUUGGAUGUGGCCUGGGCGUCCAAUUUACAUCAGGCUGCUCUUGGACUCCAAGGUGGACUCGAAGUUAAAUUGGAUUGGGCCUCCAUAUGGCUUGGCGGCCCUUACUGUUCGUCCACACCUCCAUGCUCCUCUCCAUAUGUUCCUUGGACCUCUCCUUGGUUCCUAAUCACAUUAUAAAAAUUAGGUAGCAAACCAUUCUCAUAAUUAUUAAUAGAAACGCUUA